AUGUCCUUUGAGCCACCUACUCAUAUUUUGAGACCAAGCCGGGUAAUUGGAGCCAUCGAGAAUAAUAGGGAUAGGGCGGCGCGUGGUGGCCGGAAACAGUACUUGGUGGUGGUGGUUCAAAAUUCCAGAGACUUCAGGCGGCGCGUGGAUGGUCCUGGUGGCGCGUUCUUUUUGCAGGGGCAUGGAACUGCGGUUGAGGUUGUAUUGCCACAUGUUGAGCAUCGCUUUUGUGUUCGGCACCUACAUGCGAACCUCAAAGUUAAAGGCUACACAAGGAAAGCUAUGAAGGAUCAGUUGUGGGGGGCUGCACGUGCAGCCAAUGUUUAUGCGUUUGACCAUCACAUGCAGAAUAUACUAUCAAUGGAUAAAGGGGCACACGAAUACCUUAGUGGUGUACCUAAGGCAUCAUGGUCCAGACAUGCUUUCAGCUGCCAAACCAAAAGUGAUAUGUUAUUAAGCAACUUGGCUGAGAGCUUUAAUGCAUGGAUUAAGGAAGCUAGGUCUAAGCCUAUACUGACUAUGCUUGAAGAAAUUUCUCAGCAAAUAAUGGCACGCUUCCAGCAGAAAAGGAAUGGAAUCCGGUCGACACACUACACCAUAUGCCCAAAGAUCCAUAAAAAAUUGGAGAGGUCAAAAAGUGAUGCAAGGAAUUGUAUUAGUCGGUGGCAGAAUGAGUUGGAGUUUGAGAUCGAGCACAUAUACGAGCCACGGCAUUUAGUCCGGUUAGAUCAUCACACAUGCACAUGUGGAAGAUGGCAGGUGAGUGGGAUCCCUUGCUCCCAUGCUUGUGCUGCAAUUUACAUGCAUAAACAAAACCCGGAGGAUUAUUUGGAUGAUUAUUACAAGAUGGACAAGUACAUACAAGGAUAUGCAGCUCGAGUUUAUGGCAUGGAAGGUCCACAGACAUGGCCAGCUGAUGAUCCAUGCGAUCAAAUCCUGCCACCUUGCAUUAGAAGGGCUCCUGGUCGACCAAAGAUUAGUAGGCGAAAAGCUGUAGAUGAGCCGACUAACCCCUACAAGCUGACCCGUAGUGGAUAUAUCGUUAAAUGUGGAAAUUGUGGGGGUUUAGGGCAUAAUUACAAAGGUUGUCAUUUACCUUUGAAUACGGACCGGAAGAGGUGGAAACCAAAGAAAUAUAAGCUGAAAAAAAUGCUGAUCAAGCACAGGUAA